AUGGAAGCGGACAUAAACAUGUGGGACUCCAUCUCUCCGGGAAAGCGUGGGCAGCCUGACACACCCCCUGAUGACAGCCCGGAAAGGUCCCGCUGCUGCACUGCCCAGGAUCAUCCCCAAGCCCCAGAUGAGGAAUGGCCCCUGGCGGACGACAUCACCCUUGAGGAGGUCCGGGACGGCUUCCGUGUCCUGGAGGGCAAUGAGGUGGUGGAACUUACCUGGCUUCCACCCCACAGCCUGCCACGCUUUGCCACAGGGAACAAGGUAGCCAUCGACCAGCUGGUGUACUACCCACGCUCCAUUCUGCUCCCCCUACUGCGCUGCCCAGGGUGCCUUAUGUUAGGGCACUCCAUCAACACCUGCAGGUCCUCGGUCCGCUGUACCCGCUGCAGUGGCCCCCACCCCUCCUGGAAAGGCGACAAGGACGAGGUAUGUGGCAAGCCCUUCCACUGUUUCCAGUGUCAGGGUUCCCAUGGGCCCCAGUCAUUCCAUUGUCCCCACAACCUCCAUGCCCAGCAGCUAUACACCCGCCUGGGAACAGGUUUGCUGCUCUCCAAGACCUACCCCAUUGAAGCUGCUACUGUUGCCCAGGAAGAGGACACCAUGCCCACUCCUCACAUCCCUACACCACCUGAUACUCAUGUCACCCACCAUCGGAGGAAGCCAGGUAGGCGUUCGGGUGUACAGCCUCCUCCACCCACCCCAAUACCUGCUGCUGAGACCGGGCUCCUGCCUGUAACGGUUGAGGCCAAGGUCCACCAUCCUCCCAGGAAUGCUCGCCACCCACAAACACCCCAUCAUCACCCUCGUCAUGCACCUGGCCAGUAUUCUAGCUCACCUCCACCUUCUCGACCCUCCUCUCCACCCAAGGACUCCACCAUUCCUACAGCCACUGCCAGUACUUCUCCCUCUGUAUCUGAGCUCCUCCCCAGCAUCCUUUGGCAUGGCUACCACCUCUACCAGAAAGGAUCUCAAGAUGGGAGUCUGGAGGUUGUUGUUGCCAAGGUUGGACUCGGUGGUGGCUGGCUCACAGUGGCAGUCUGCUACAAUCCUGGGGGUGCAGCUGGCCACCGAGAGUUUAUGCGCUACUUGUCCACCCUGCAGCCUCCAGUGCUUAUAAUGGGGAACUUUAAUGCCCAUCAUACAUGUUGGGAGCCUGACCAGCCACCUCACCAUCACAAUAUUUCUGGCAACGCUCUCUUCCAAGCCUUGCUAGAUCUACCACAUGUCUCCCUCCUCAGCCCUCCCGGACUAGCGACCAGGUUUCAUCCCCAUACUGCUGCCGCCUCGGUGCUCGACCUGUUCCUUGGAGACCCUACCUUCAAGGAUUCCACCUUCCGCACUGGACCUUACAUGGGCAGCGACCACCUCCCUCUCCUCGCCUCCCUCCCACAAGUCUCCCCACAGCCCCAACCUGGCUGCAUGCCCCGCUGGAGGCUCAAUUCUUCUGGCUGGCCACGGUAUGUGGCAGCGCUUCCAUCCUCACUGGACACCAAACAUCUUCCCCUGGAUGAAGCUGCAACAACCAUUGCUGGGGUGCUAUCCGAGGCUGGCACAGCUGCCUUCCCACUCAUCCCCCGUCGUCGUCCACGCCGCCUUGGGAAGCCCUGGUGGGAUGCAGCCUGUGCGCAGGCAGUACAGAACCGUCGCCAGGCUUGGAAUCAGUUGUGUAGGACCCCCACUAUCCAGGCUGGCCGUGCUUACCGCCGCCUGGACGCCAUCUGUGCCAAGAUCAUCCUCAAGGCAAAGCGGAAUGCAUGGGACCUGCAAUGCUCCACUCUCUCCUUUCGCUCCUCUCCCAAGCGUACCAUGUCCUUUCUCCGCUCCAUGGAGGCUCUCCCAUCCCUUGCUCAACCAUUCAAGUCUCAUGAACUCUCCUCAGCCUUAGCUACACUAAAACCCGGUAAGGCGCCAGGCCUUGAUAAAGUCCCAUACGACUUCAUCUGUCUCCUCACCCCACCCCUACGUGCCUGCCUCCUACAACUAUACAACAGCAGCUGGCAAUCGGGGCAAUUUCCAUCCACCUGGAAACCCGCCAUUCUCAUCCCCAUCCUAAAGCCUGGAAAGGACCCUACACUCCCCUCAGCAUACAGGCCCGUCACCCUCCUCUCCUGCAUUGGGAAGCUGCUGGAGAGGUUAGUCAACACCCGCCUCACCUGGUGGUUAGAAGCUAACAACAAGCUAGCAGAGGCGCAGUGUGGCUUUCACCCUCACCGGAGUACCCUGGAUGUGCUGGGGCAAAUUGAGUAUCACAUCUGUGACACUUACCGCCAGCGUCAAGUCAUGACGGCCCUCUUUCUUGACCUGGAGGGAGCAUUUGAUUCGACACCACAUGAGCGCAUCCUGUACAAGCUGGCACUCAUGGGCAUCACUGGCACCACCCUUGCCUGGGUGCGCAACUUCCUCACCGGUCGCUCAUUCCAAGUGGCCAUUGGUGCAUCACUGUCACCUUCCCAAGGAAUUCAUCGUGGCGUACCUCAGGGAUCCAUUCUCAGCCCCCUUCUGUUCAAUGUUCUUCUCUCUGACCUACAGGUUCCUACCCACUCUCACCUUCUCCUCUAUGCUGAUGACAUUACCAUCGUCAGUCGAGCACCCACACUUUCCGAUGCUCAGGACCACCUGCAAGAGGCUGCCACCGCCUUGGGUGCAUGGAUGACAACCUGGGGGCUACAAGUUAGUGCCUCAAAGAGUUCUCUCAUGUGUUUUACCAUGAGAAAAGCUUCCAACUCCACCUACCGUCACCUUAAGUGGGGAGGUUUUUCCAUACUUAACCUCACACACCCUCCUCGGACUGCGGCUGGAUGGCCCUCGCCUCUCCUGGAACGCUGCCUUGAGGAUCUCUAUGGGGGCCAUGAGAUCCUCCCCAGUUGUUUCUCUACAAGCAGAGAGUGGUAUUCCUCCACUGUCCACCCACAGACGGAUGGCCUUGUGCCAACAAUACUACAGGAUACUGGGCCUGCCUGCUUCCCAUCCCCUCUCUUCCAACAGCUGGACCGGUCCAUUUAUCACCACCACCUCAAGAUCUACACGGACGGCUCCAGAGAUGCCUCCCUGCCCUCCUCGGCGGCAGCUAUAUAUGACGCCAGUACAGCUAUCUGUAAGACAUGGAGGUUUCCUGAGUACACAGAUGUCCUUACCACGGAGCUCUUUGUCCUUCUCCAGGCCCUUAUCUACCUCCACACCUCUCACCCGAAGUCCAUGGUGAGCACCUUCCUCCAUCUCCUGAACACUGGCUGGGAUAUCACCUUCCAGUGGGUGCCUUCCCACAGCGGCAUCCGGGGGAAUGAGGUGGUGGAUGCUGCUGCCAAGAUGGCCUUAACCCAUCCUUGGGUCAGGAAACAGUCCCGCAUCCUAGAUGUAGCACUCACCCGCCUCCGUCUGGGCCACACAAGACUCACAGCACACCUGCAUCGCCUGGGUCUAUCAACAGACCCCUACUGCCCCUGGUGCAGGACGGUCGAGGAAACCAUAGAACACUUCCUCUUACACUGCUCCCGCUUCCACUCCCACCGUGUUGUGCUCCGUGAUCACCUUGUUGCCUUGGGUGUGUCUACCUUUGACCUGCCCACCCUGCUGACGGCGGCGGGCGUCCACUCCUCACACCAAGCUGCGGUUCUCCGCCUCACCUGCGUCUUCCUAAAGAAGCGUGAACAACUACCCCGCCUAUGA